AUGUCUUACAAUUAUGAUCCAGUUAUUGAAGAAAAGUUUUUGAAGCUUAGAAAUCCCAACUUUGAAACGCUACUUAGGAAAUUGACCACGUUAGAAAUACUUGUCCUUAGUUGUGUAGACAUAUCAUCUAAGGUACCUGAUGCACUCACAAACUUCACUUCUUUAAAAGAAUUGCAUCUUAGAGAUUGUGAACUAUAUGGUGAUUUUCCUGCUAAAAUUUUUCCUUUACCAAACCUACAGAGUUUGAAUUUGGAGCUCAAUGAGAAUCUCACCGGCCAUUUGCCUGAAUUCCAGAAAAAAAGCCCUCUUACAAGAUUGAGAAUAAGGGGUACCAACUUUUUUGGAACCCUACCCUACUCAAUUGAAAAACUUGACUCGUUAGAAAUAUUAGAAGUUUAUGAGUGCAAUUUUUCAGGGCCUAUUCCAUCUUCACUAGGUAAACUUACGCAACUCACAUAUCUGUAUCUUUAUAACAAUAGUUUCAAUGGUAACAUUCUGUCUUCUCUUCAAAACCUCACCCACCUCACGGAGUUAUUGCUCAACUCUAAUCAAUUAACUGGUCCAAUCCCACCAUGGUUGGGGAACCUUACCAAACUAGCUGAGCUAUGUCUUCAGGAGAAUCUAUUGCAUGGUCAAGUUCCCCAAUCAUUAUCUACACUCGUGAAUCUUGAAAAUCUUUUCUUAAACCUAAACAAUUUGGGUGGAAAUUUGAAGUUCGACAUGUUUUUAAACAACAUGAAAAGUCUCACUCAACUCCAACUUAACAACAACAAUUUGUCAUUGAUCUUUGUAAAACCAAACAAAAAUGCAACAGUUUCAAAAUUCAAGCUUUUAAGUCUGAAUGCAUGCAACCUGAGAAAAUUCCCGUAUUUUCUCAAGCAUCAAAACGAACUGGAGUGGUUGGUUCUUAAGAAAAACAAGAUAAGAGGUCGAAUACCAAAUUGGAUGUGGAACGCAAGUGUAGAUACUUUGGUCAUGUUUGAUGUUGUUGACAACUUGCUAACAAGCUUUGACGAACUUCCUGAUCAGGUUCUUCCAUGGGUCAACUUAAAAGAUUUUGAUAUUUUAAUGAAUAUGUUGCAAGGACCACUACCAAUUCCUCCACCAUCCAUCUUUGGAUAUGAGAUCUCAAACAACAUACUGACCGGAGAAAUUUCACCUUUAUUUUGCAACAUGAGUUCACUUAGCAUCCUUGAUUUGUCUAAUAAUAACUUGGGUGGCAUAAUUCCGUAA